AUGUUGAAGCAGUUUCUUUCUUGUCGUCGGAUUUGUUGCAAUCGAAAAGCAAGAGUUUUUCAUCCUCCUGCAAACACUCAGUUCAGCCAUGAGAUCACUACAAACUCGCAUUCUCCAGAGAAGAUCUCGGAUGACAUUGCUGUACAAUAUCUCACAGCAAUAAAUCAAUAUCGUUUUCAAUUAGGAUUUUCUGCAUUAAAACUUUCUGAUGAACUCACUAGCCGAGCACUGCAACGAGCAAUGGAAUUAUCCAUGCGAGAUCAACUCGACACGAGUGAUCCAACCAUUCUCAUUUUCCAUAACGAACCGAUUGGCGAAACAGUCCUGGCUUGUCAAUCACCGGUUCGAAGUGGUUCGGAUAUUACGGAAUACAUUCACGAUGAACUUGCCAACGAUAUGAAAACGGAUCAAACAGUUAAAAAACGUUAUACACCAAUUCUGAAUCCUGAUUGUCGAUAUGUAGGCUUCGGUCUGGUUCGUAAUGAAGAGAAAGCGAAAGAUUUCGUUGUCAUUUAUUAUUAUCCUAUUUAUAAAUCCGAUGAACAAUGA